GCCGCUGGAGUCACUUAACCCCCCAGAACUGACCCUCUACUUUAGUCAAUCCUCUUUGGUGCUCACCGCCAAUUUUAACUGCCAGUGGAUCGUAACGAAUUCCACAAAAAUACCUGACUCACACCGAGUUUUCUUCAGGACUGUCAUAGAUUCAGAAAUGUCAGGCAUUAAAAUCGACGUCGAGUACUGUGGCUCGUGUGGUCACCGAAAACAGUUUCUGGAACUGGCAGGAGUUAUCAAAGAUGCCUGUCCUGAUUGUGUAAUUAGUGGGGCUACUGGAAGACAAGGUUCAUUCGAGGUAAAGAUCAACGAUAGCCUGGUAUAUUCAAAACUGCAGACAAUGGCGUUUCCAAUCUACAACGAGGUAUUAAAUGUAGUGAAGGAAGUUUCCGAAGGCCAACCAGUGAGGCAGAUAACUCAGCAACAACCAAUAGAUUGUUCAAUUAGUUGAAGGUCCUAGGUAAGCCACACU